UCCAUGGGCUUCGGUGGAUGGGCACUAGCAAAAGCCCCAUUCCUAGUUCCUCCUUCAAAACCAGAAGUAGAAUCUUUGAAAAUCUACAACCCGCGAUCGUUACGAUUCAGAUAUCGCAAUCUUUCAUUAAAUCGAUCUCAUUCUCCAUGGAUUUUACUCCUCCAUCUCAUCGAUCCGAGCCUCGAUCUCGCACCAAAUCAGCCUCGCGCCUUGCAAUUGAAGACGACGGAAUCCCGCACUUCUCAGUUGACGCGAUUUCUUCGCCGCCCAAGAAAAAUUCUUCGCCUUCCAUUCAGGAUCUCCUGCUUCUGUCGCCUUAUAGUAUGAGGAAAUCCAGGUCGCGUCUGGUGGAUCGGUUCGAAAUGAAUGAGGAGGUUAUGGAGGCAGCCGGCGCACGCAGAAGGUGCAAAAACCGAGGCCCUCAGAUGGGGCUUUUGGGCUGUGUUUCUCCGAGGAGUGUCAGAAGGUCUAGGAGACGAUCGGACAUGGAGAUAAGAGAAGAGAAGGAUUUAUGUUUGGCGGAAGAGUUCGCGAAGGCUAGAAAGAGAAGGCAGAGCGGGAGGUCGAAGAAGGAGAAGCUGAGCUUGGUUCCACUCGCAUUAGCGCCUUCAAGUUCAACCCCUAAACUUGAGAGUGACGACAAUGGUAGUCUGGAUAGAGUUGGGCAGCUGAUAGCAGAUCUGAUCAUGUGGAAAGAUGCGGCAAAGUCGAGCCUCUGGUUUGGAAUUGGCUCUCUAUUUUUCCUUUCCUCUUGCUUCGCUAGAGGAGUUAGCUUUAGCAUUUUCUCGGCGAUUUCCCAGCUUGGACUUCUGUUUUUGGGUCUUGCAUUUGUCUCCAAUUCAAUCUGUCAAAGGAACAUUGAGGAAAAGAAACAUAAGGACUUCAAGCUUAAAGAAGAUGACAUCUUACGCUUGGUGAAACUGAUUCUUCCAGCUGCAAACUUCGCCAUUUCAAAGAUAAGGGAGCUUUUCUCUGGAGAGCCAUCGAUGACCCUAAAAGUAGCUCCAUUUCUCAUAUUAGGAGCUGAGUAUGGACAUCUUAUUACACUCAGAAGACUUUGCGCAAUUGGGUUCUUUACCAGUUUCUCUGUGCCAAAGCUAUACUCAUGUUACCAAAUUCAGAUAAACAGCAAAGUCGAUUUUGUCAUACGAUGGCUGUUUGAAGCAUGGGAAGCUUGCUCACAUAAGAAGAUUGUGGUGGGAUCAGCAGCCACAGUGUUCUGGAAUUUUUCUUCCCUAAAGACCCGUAUCUUCACAGCCUUCAUAGCUCUGGUUAUAGUUCGAUACUGCCGGCAAUUUAUUGUGCCGGAAUCGGAAGUUGCAGAAGCACAAGAAGAUGAGCACCAGGCACUGGUUCCGGCAGAAGCAAAUCCGGAGGAUCAGCAGGCUCUGGUGGUGGCGGAACCCAAUCGUCAGCCUUGAUUUUGAUUUGCUUCUUGCACUAUCAUAAUGUAAUAGCCAAGCAAAUCAAUUUCAGGGAAAACAUCAAUGCUUAUGCUACAAAUAAAGUGUAUAAAAACGAAGGGUGGUUCUGUAUUUUGUUUUGUUUUCAGGCUUUUACUUCCCAAAUUUAAUUGAUUGAUUCAAACAUCCUUUGCCUCAGAUCUGCAUAUGCUCUGCCCUGAUCAAAAAGGGGGAAAAGGUUCUAUUUCUUACACCAUGAAAAUCAACGAGUUUGAAGUGAACAGUCCAAUUGA